CAGCUUACUGGGGGGGACAGAAAGGAGACAGAAAGAAAAUGCCAUGCACAAAACUAAACUGGCUCACGCUAGGACCUGGAGGAGUGCUGGUGGGUGUUCCAGAAGUGACAGAUAGGAGAACGGAGCACGGAAGUCAAAUUUCUGGUGAUGGCUCAGCAGGCCGGGGCUGGGCGCAGGUAUAUCCGGGCGUUUGUGAGCGGCUUCUUCGUGGCAGUGCCCGUAACUGUCACUGUUCUGGACCGCUUUGCCUAUGUAGCACGAGUAGAAGGAGCCUCAAUGCAGCCUUCCCUGAAUCCUGAGGGGAAUGUGACAGGGUCUGACGUGGUGCUCCUGAACCGCUGGAGUGUGAGGAACUACCAAGUACGACGAGGUGACAUUGUGUCAGUCCUGUCUCCCAAGAACCCCCAGCAGAAGAUCAUCAAGCGGGUCAUAGCCCUUGAGGGAGACUUCAUCAAGACACUUGGCUAUAAGAACCGCUAUCUCAGGGUCCCUGAUGGCCACUUUUGGAUCGAGGGGGACCAUCACGGCCACAGUCUGGACAGCAACAGCUUUGGACCGGUGUCCCUGGGGUUGGUCCACGGUCGUGCCUCCCACAUCAUCUGGCCGCCCAAUCGGUGGCAGAGGAUCGAGCCGUCCCUCCCCCCUGAGCGGAAGCCCUUGUUGAACUGGCACGGGGACACAACAGAGGAGGAGGACUGAGGAGAGGCCUGCUCAUGGCUGUAUACAUACUGUACCUACCUACACACACUCUCUCUCUCUCUCUCUCUCGCUCGCUCUGUCAUACAGUACAUGUGAAAAUGUCAUAAUCCUUUGAUGUGGCAUAGUUAUGAUAUCUCUUUGUUGUUAAGAAGCUGAAUAUGUCAAUGGAUCAGAUACCCAUACAGUUACGGCCAAAUAUAUUGGCACCCUUGCACGUUUCUUAAAUAAUUGCCUAUUUCUUCUACAAUACGUUGAAAAAUUAUAAAGUAAAGUUUGGUCUCCACACCUUGUUUUUCGAUAUUCAACAUUGCAGAACCUAUUUUAUUUUUGUAAAUAUAAGUUUAACAUUUACUUAAAAAAUAAAGACCAAUGGCAUGGACACAAUUAUUGCCACCCCAGAGCUUGUACUUGGUUGCACAGCCUUUGUCCAAGAUAACUGCCAAGAAAUGCUUCGUGUAGCCAUCAUGAGCUUGCUGCACACUUCUACUGUUUUCACCUCUCGCCAUAGGUUAUGGAUGUGAUUCAGAUAUGGACUCUUCACUGGCCACUCCAGAACAGUCCAGAUUUCUUCUUAAACCUUUCCAGGGUGAUUGCUAUGUAUGUUUGGGGUUGUUGUCCUACUGUGGAAGACAGUUUCUGGACACUGGGUUGAACAUUGCACUCCAAAACAUCCUUGAUAAUCUGCUGAUUUCAUGUCUUACACACAUUCAAGGCACCCAGUACCAGAGGCAGCAAAGCAACCCCACAUCAUUAUUGAACCUCCUCCAUAAUUGAUUUUAGUUGUUGGUCAACAUAGGAAGACCCCACUGCUGAAGGAGACAAGUAAGCCUGAUUGAACUUCUCAAAAACCCACCUAAACAACGCUAAAUCCUGGGGGGGAAUGCUCUGUGGACCAAUGAAACAGAAUUAGAGUUCUUUGGCAAUACAGAUCAGCGUUCGGUUUACUGGCCUCCAAAUGAAUCAUUCAAUGAAAAAAGAACCCUCCCUACAAUGAAAGAUAAGGGAGGUUUGAUAAUGCUGUGGUGUUGCUUUGCUGGUACUGGGGACCUUGACCGUGCACAAUGACAUGAAAUCAGCAGAUGAUCAGGUUUGUUGUGGUCCAAUGUUCAACCCAGUGUCCAAAAACUGGGUCUCGUUGAAGGUUGUAUCUUCCAGCAGGACAACGACCUCCAAACGCACAUCAAAAAGCACCCAGGAAUGGUUAAGAAGAGAUGUUGGACUGUUCUGGAGUGGCCAGCGAAAAGUACAGAUCUGAAUUACAUCCAAAAGCUACGGCGAGGUCCAAUAUGGCGAGCUGUUGGUAAAGGGCACCCAUCAAAUGUUGAAUAAUUAAAACAGUUUGCUUCUGAAAAGUGGGCCAUAUUGCUAGAUGAAAGGUACAGAAAGCUCAUUGAUGGUUACAAGAAGCGUUUGUCUACAGUUAUCUUGGCCAAAGGUUGUGCAAGUACUAGCUACAGAGUGCCAAUAAUUUUGUCCAUGCCAUUUGUCUUUGUUUUCUACAUUAAAAUUGUACAUUUUAUGUUUACAAAAAUAAAAUAGUUCUGCAAUAUUGAAAAUCUAAUAAGUUGACAAAACAUUUUUUUUUUUUAUGUUAACUUAUUUUAGAAGAAAUAGGGAAUUAUUUAAGAAAAGUAUGAAACUGUCUGUGGCCAAUUGUAAAAAAAAAAAAUAAUUAUAAUAAUUAUAAAAAAUAAAAAUAAAAAUUGCAACCAUGUAAUGUGAACAACUGAACGCUGAGAUAUAUAUUUUUGUGUUGUGGAGUACCAUGUUAUUAAACUAAAACUGUUUGGGCUUUGAAGGAGCCUGUGGCAUGAAA